AUGAAUGCUCAAGCGAAAAAGAAUUUUUCCAAAACACAGGUUACUAGGAAAUUGGCUCAAUUAAGAUAUAAAGAGACAGAUAAAGCUCCAUUUUCGGUAAUCAUUGAAUCAAAAAACAACAAUAUUCACCCUAUGAAUAUAGGGAAAAUAUUGGCGAUCAAUAAUAUAGAGGGAAUCAAACAAUUGAGUAGAAAGGGAGCCAACAAAGUUGCGGUUGACUUCAAAAACUUUAGCCAAGCAAAUGAUUUCAUUGACAACGAAACAAUUUUUGAUGAAAAUUAUUUAAUAUAUGUUCCAUCCCGUUUGGUGACUUGCAGGGGGGUUAUUAGCGAUGUUGGAUCUGACGUUGUAGACGACGACAUUCUGAACUGUGAAUCACCGAUUAAAAUUGUGAGCGCCAGAAGAUUAAAUAAAAGAAAGGUGGAAAAUGGAAAAGUCAACUAUGUACCUUUUGCUUCAUACCUUAUAACGUUCGAAGGAAAGACCCUACCCAAAUACCUGGGUAUCUGCUAUAACAAAAAGGAAGUGAAACUCUAUAUUUCGCCUGUCAUACAGUGUUAUAAUUGUCUUAGGUAUGGACACACAAAAAAAUUAUGUCGAGGUAAGAAAAGAUGUCGUAGAUGUGGAGAAAACCAUGAGGAGGCGGAGAGUGAAUAUGAUAUGCAGUAUGCCAAAUGUGUAUUCUGCAAAGAAAACAAUAACCACGAAUCGACAAAUCGUUUGUGCCCCGAGUAUAGUAGACAGAAAGCCAUCCGGGAAAAAAUGGCAGUGGACAACCUGUCAUAUUUUGAGGCCGAGCAAUUUUUUAGGUCGAAUAACUUAAAUACAAGAAACGUUCAGGCAUUUCCAGCUCUGCCAUCGCAGUCAAGUCGCCACUCGCGAGCUGAGGUGGUGGAAGCCCCACACCGAAGACUGUUGCUUAAAACACCGAUGAAGCCGUAUAGUAACAUAGUAGCAUCCCCUAAAAAACGUAAAAAUCCAUCCUCCUCAGGUUACGAUUCUGAGAAACACAAAAUGGCACUAACAAAUUAUUCCCCUGCCAGAGCUCAAUCGAACGGUUUUAUGUUCCAAUCCGAGAACAAGAUAAAUUCAGAUAAUCGCCCUAGUUCUUAUACAAGGGAGGGAAACCUCAGGACUAAGUAA